UCAACGUUAGUGGACAUUGAAGUAAUUUUUUAUCCUCGAUAAUUCUCUGUAGUAAAAUAUUUAUAAAGAAUUAUAUCAAUAUUGAAUUUUAAAGUUUCUUACUUGAAUAAUUGAUUUAAAAUUAAAAAUGUUUGGUAUUGGUGAUAAAAUAGCCAGAAAGCGAGAGUGUGUGUCGAUACACAUUGGCCAAGCAGGUGUUCAAAUGGGCAAUGCUUGCUGGGAGCUUUACUGCCUUGAACAUGGAAUACAUCCUGACGGUCAAAUGCCUAGCGAUUUGUCAAUUGAUAAAGAAGAUGACUCGUUUAAUACUUUUUUUUCUGAAGGUGGCAAUGGCAAACAUGUCCCUCGAGCUGUUUUUAUUGACCUCGAACCCACUGUAAUAGAUGAAGUACGUACUGGUGCAUACAGACAAUUAUUCCAUCCAGAGCAGUUAAUCUCAGGAAAAGAAGAUGCAGCUAAUAACUAUGCUCGAGGACAUUAUACUAUCGGGAAGGAAUUGAUAGACUUAACAUUAGACCGUAUUAGAAGAAUCACUGAACAAUGUCAUGGACUCCAAGGAUUCCUGAUCUUUCAUUCGUUCGGUGGUGGAACCGGAUCAGGCUUCUCAAGUCUUCUCAUGGAAAGAUUAUCUGGAGAUUAUCCUAAACGAAGUAAAUUAUCCUUCAGUAUUUAUCCUGCUCCUCAAGUAUCAACUGCUGUAGUCGAGCCGUACAAUGCUAUUCUCUACACCCAUCCUACCCUUGAACACUGUGAGGUCGCAUUUAUCGUCGAUAAUCAAGCAAUCUAUGAAUUGUGUAGAAGAAAUUUAAGCAUUGAACGACCAACUUACACAAAUUUGAAUCGUUUAAUUGGUCAAAUAGUUUCUUCAAUUACUGCAAGUCUUCGCUUUGAUGGAGCUUUAAAUGUUGAUCUAACAGAAUUUCAAACAAAUCUUGUUCCUUACCCAAGGAUUCAUUUCCCAUUAGCUACUUACGCACCAGUAUUAUCAGCAGACAAAGCAGGACACGAGCGAUCUACUGUUGCAGAUAUUACUAUUUCAUGCUUUGAACCAAAUCAUCAAAUGGUAAAUUGUGAUCCCAGGAGAGGAAAGUAUAUGGCUGUUUGUAUGCUUUAUCGAGGUGAUGUUGUUCCGAAAGAUGUAAAUGCUGCAAUUGCUAUGAUCAAAAAACAAAAACACGUUCAAUUUGUUGAAUGGUGCCCAACAGGAUUCAAAGUUGGAAUUAAUUAUCAACCACCUACUGUUGUACCAGGAGGUGAUCUAGCAAAAACAGAAAGAGCAGUUUGCUGUUUAAGUAAUACAACUGCAAUAGUUGAAGCCUGGGCAAGAAUUGAUCAUAAAUUCGAUUUGAUGUAUUCAAAAAGAGCUUUUGUUCAUUGGUUUGUUGGAGAAGGAAUGGAAGAAGGUGAAUUCACAGAAGCUCGUGAAGAUCUAGCUGCCCUUGAACUUGAUUACCGUGAAGUUCAAGAAGAUGCUGCUGUCACAGAAGAUGAAGACUAUUGAACUCAAAUUUUUUUCUAUUAUUUUAUUGUCAUGAAAUAACUAAAAAUAUUUAAUCUACAAUCUAGAAUUAAAAUUUUUUAUAUUUAUUCGCUCAUGUGUGAUAUCAUAAAAUUAAAACAUGUAGACUUGAAGAGACGGCAAUCUUCUUCUGAUGUUUCAAAAAUGAACCAAACUUGAAAUAUUUCGAGACUUUACUUAUAAACCACAUUUUUAAUAUCAAUUAAAUAAAAUAGUUAUUGUUUAUCUAC